CUUCUCAUUUCCUUUUGACAAACAAAAUAGUGCAAAGGAGCUCAGUUAGCCAUUCAAAAGAAACGGACUUCUAAUCAUCGCUAACAGGGAUCAAACAUGUCUGAAGAACGUUCUGAACGAUCCGAUGGACGGAUUGUAAAAAUGGAAAUUGAUUACAGCUCUACUGUAGAUCAGCGGCUGCCUGAAUGCGAGAAAAUGGCCAAAGACGGGAAACUACAAGAAGCUGUUGAAAGUUUGCUGUCAUUGGAGAAACAAACACGAACGGCUUCAGACAUGGUGUCCACCUCUAGAAUUCUUGUUGCUGUGGUCCAGAUGUGCUUUGAAGCCAAGGACUGGGAUGCCCUUAAUGAGAACAUUAUGUUGCUGUCAAAAAGGAGAAGCCAGCUCAAACAGGCUGUUGCCAAGAUGGUCCAGGAGUGUUACAAGUAUGUGGACACCAUCUCUGAUCUUACCAUCAAGCUUAGGCUUAUUGACACGCUACGCACUGUAACAGCUGGAAAGAUUUAUGUAGAGAUUGAACGUGCCAGACUGACUAAGACCUUAGCUGGCAUCAAGGAGCAGAGUGGAGAUGUCAAAGAGGCAGCUUCUAUUCUUCAGGAGUUGCAGGUAGAGACCUAUGGGUCAAUGGAAAAGAAAGAAAAAGUUGAGUUCAUCUUGGAACAAAUGAGACUUUGCAUUGCUGUGAAAGAUUACAUACGCACCCAAAUCAUAAGCAAAAAAAUAAACACCAAGUUUUUCCAAGAAGAAGGGACCGAGGAGCUGAAACUGAAGUAUUACAACCUGAUGAUUCAAGUUGAUCAACAUGAGGACUCAUACCUGGCCAUCUGUAAACAUUAUCGUGCAAUCUAUGACACCCCGUGCAUUUUGGAGGAUAGUAGCAAGUGGCAACAGGCCCUGAAAAGUGUGGUGCUGUACGUGAUUCUCUCGCCCUAUGACAAUGAACAGUCUGAUUUGGUGCACAGAAUUAGUACAGACAAGAAACUUGAAGAAAUCCCCAAAUACAAGGACCUUCUGAAGCAGUUCACCACAAUGGAGCUGAUGCGCUGGACUUGUCUUGUGGAGGAUUAUGGAAAAGAGCUGAGAGAGGGAUCUCCUGACAGCCCUGCCACAGAUGUUUUCUCUUAUACCGAGGAGGGAGAAAAGAGGUGGAAGGACCUCAAGAACAGAGUUGUGGAGCAUAACAUCAGAAUAAUGGCUAAAUACUACACCAGAAUCACAAUGAAAAGAAUGGCAGGACUGCUUGACCUCUCUAUAGAUGAGUCUGAGGAGUUCUUGUCCAACCUUGUUGUAAACAAGACAAUCUAUGCCAAAGUAGACCGUCUGGCUGGCAUAAUUAACUUUCAGAGACCCAAAGAUCCUAAUGAUCUACUUAAUGACUGGUCCCAUAAACUCAACUCUCUUAUGUCAUUGGUCAACAAGACUACACAUUUGAUUGCCAAAGAGGAGAUGAUUCACAAUCUGCAGUAAAAAUUACUGUGCAUUAUUUUGUAUUACCUGUUUUUUCCUUGAAUAAAAUGUUCACAGAAUACACAGCGGUGGAGAUAUUAUUUCAACACCAUAUCUCUUUUGUACUGUCAGUUAAUAUGAAAAUAAACAGUACCUGUCCAUUAUGUAAAGCUA